AUGGCUUACAGGGCCUCCGUUCAUGAAACAAAUGGAUACACUCCCAAUUACCUGAUGCUGGGAAGAGAAGUGUCAACACCGCUUGAUAUCAUGUUUGAAAUGCCCAGGUCAGUACAGCACAUUCCUAAAGACAAGUGGGCCUGGGAAUUAAAAGAAACCAUGGAAAGUGCACAGAAACAUGUAAGAGAGAACAUGAAAACAGCCAUGGUUAAACAAAAGAAGUAUCACGACCAAAAGUUGUCAUGGCAGAAAUUUGAGCCAGGUUGCCAAGUCUAUGUUUUCUUUCCAAUUAGGAAGGCAGGUCGCUCGCCAAAAUUUACCAGUUACUGGCGGGGUCCUUACAAGGUCCUAUCAAAGUUGACAGACCUUACUAACAAGGUUGACUGUGGAUGUGGUGGAAACCCACAAGUCAUACAUGUUGACAGAAUGCGUCGCAGGUAUCCUCAAACAUUACGAGGUGAAACGCCUGAUGAUGAGAGAACAGCACCAGAGGAAGACCCUGAACCUCUAGGUGAUGACGGAGAGGAAGAACAUGAGUCAAGUAACCAUUUUGAUGGAGACGACAUCCCUGGAAGACGCAGGAGAAAACCACAGUGGAUGGAAGACUACGUCUAG